AUGUCGGCUACAACAACAAGUUUGAUUUCGACCACUUCCGCUACACCAGCUCCUACAGCGACCAACUCAGGCAAUUCGGGAAAUGGCCCCAGUUCGCCUCUUCUCUUCUUUGUCGCUUUGGGGUUUGGCGUGGUGUUCACUAAUUUAUGGAUUAUCGUCGGGGUGAAAUACUGCUUCAGAUACAACCAGCGCAACCGGCAACGUAUGAAUGGAGAGGAUCCAGAUGGUGUUGAUCUGGGUGCGAUGCCCCGACAGCAUCGCAGGCGGAGGGAGAAGAAAUUAAUGACCAUGGAAGAGGUCAAUGAGAAAUUUCCCCUCACAAAGUACAAAUCGUGGCGGGCCUCUCGAGCCGAUGAAGGGCUACCUACUGCAGGUGGCAUCAAUACCGCCUCCCGACCUCCUAGUCGACCUGCAAGUGUACAUGAACAGGAUCCAUCGUCGAAAGAUCUCAACGAUACUACUGAAGCUCGAGAGCCGGCACAGACUCAGGGUGCCUCGACUGAGAAUGAGAAGUCGACACAGCCCGAACACGUGACGCCAGAAGUGGUUGGCAGCAAGACUGCUCCCGAUUCUCGGCCUGACACCCCAUCCAGACCGAAAUCCACACAGUCCACGAUGGUCCCGGAUUCUCCGGUGGUUCAUAAGGUGACCACCAACGAUGAGGACGACGACGACGAUGAUCAUAUCCAGACGGCGGUACCCGCGGAACAGCUACCCGACCCGGGUGACGCCUGUGCCAUCUGCAUCGAUACUCUCGACGACGACGACGAUGUCCGUGGUCUGGAGUGCGGUCACGCUUUCCAUGCCUCUUGCGUCGACCCUUGGUUGACCUCUCGGAGAGCUUGCUGCCCUCUGUGUAAGGCUGACUAUUAUGUUCCAAAACCUCGGCCAGAAGGCCCCAAUGGGGAAGGUCUGAGUAGGUCCGCGACCAAUCCAGACCUUCCCCAGCCUCCGCAAACAACAUAUUCGAUCAUGGCAGGCGCUCGACAGGGUCGCAGGCCUGCAAUGUAUAUACCUGGACGGUUCAUGAGUAUAGUUUAUCAUGACCGUGAUCGUCACGGAUUCCCGGUCGUGGUGAGAGCGGAAAGAGCCGGCCAGGGCGAGCGUCAGAGAGAAAGAGAUUUGAGUGCUGCCACGACCGCCAACGGUGAUGCCCCCGAGACGCAACCGCAGACAUCCACGUGGAGAUCGAGAUUGACGGGUCUGCGCCUUCCUGGCCGUGCGAGACCUCCUCCAACCACCGGCACUCAACCCACCAGUACCGGCACGCCGGAGGUACAACCCACGCCCUCACAGCUUGAAGCUGGAAGGUAG